UACCGACUCUUCAAAUUAAUCCCUGACAUCUGUGCUGUGUUGUUUGGCGCAUUGUUUGUGAGGUUCCCCCAGAGCUUUUUUCACACCAGGACCUCUUAAGCCCCUUUUAAGGCAUUGCUCCUCUAAGCUGCGAUGUUUGUCGUGCUUCUUUUGACCAUUAUUUAUUGGCAGAUAGUGUGGUCCAUGCCUCCAGUGUUCCUCUACUAUCACGUCCUGUACAGCCUAGGAUAUGUGACCUUAUGCACGUUAUUCUUUAAUCUCAUAUAUGUAAUGCCGAUAUACUUUUAGAGCCUCCAAGAGUGUAGUCUCAGGUUGUCACUGGUAUUCUUGUAUUCUUGGCAGGAUGUUGCCUCCUUCCUCUUAAAGUGUGUUUUGCUGCCAUCUUGUGAGCAAAAUGUAAAAUGUUAUUCUUUAUUAUUUGUUGACGGUAGCUGUUUUUUGGCCGCUAAAAUUGUAUCAAAGCCAAAACGUAUUCACUAUAGCAUAUGUUUGUGUUUUAUGAAGCUGUUAAAUUUAGUUUAGUAGAUGCAAAACAUGGUUGUUACUAUGGGACGAAGUGCGAGUGCGCAGAAUGUCCCUCGUCACUUCCCGUAUUUGUUUUGCCAUCGGGCGGACGUGAAGCUUUUGAGGUCGUGCAGUUCACCCUAAAUAUGCCUAGCAAUGUGCUGUGUGGAGGAGGCCGGUGGAUUAUUUCCCGUCAAGCAAGGUCUCCUUUUAGGUUACUCAGCCUCGUAAGAAUGUUUUCUGCCACAAGCCCAGAUGAGCCUUACGUUUCCAUAUCUCAUGCCGAUUCAGGUCCAAGAACAGUUUGGCCGGAUGAAAACAUGGGACCAUUCGGACCUCAGGACCAGCGCUUUCAGCUGCCGGGUAAUGUCGGAUUCGACAGCCACCUGGAUGGAAUUGAGGGCAGAAGAAAAACUCUGGUCCACAGAACAGUACCGGAUGUACUGUCCGCGCCCAGCAGCACAGAGAGAGUCCAGUUCAUACUGGCCCAGUUCGUCUCUGAGUUUCAAGAUAAACUUGGUCCUGUAUCAACAAGAGUUCACAAGGCGGAGCAGUACUUUCCUCAGCCCCACACAGACUGUUCCAUUAGUCCGUGCCCUGAGCUGCUAAAAAAAGAUCUUGAGCUGCUGUUUCCACUGGCCCCAAGCGCUGCCGCCACAGUCGUCACCGUGACACAGAAAAGUUUCAGUGAGGAGACGGAGCAGAACGAUGAUCAGCUGCUACACAGAUUCGUGAACGGUGCCAAAGAGAUGUGUUUCGCUCUGUGGACGGCAGGUUACUGGGCGGACUUCAUCGAUCCAUCCACAGGAAAGGCUUUCUUUGCAUCAGCCACUGGUCUGAACUCCCUGCAUACAGAAGGAGAGCUGAGCAACUCAGGCUUCCACAUCGAGGCUUCAGGUGCCUGCACAGUGAUUCGCCACAUCCUGAGGGGAACGUCCGUGUUUGUGGGGACAGUUUUUACCAACGCUCCCACUCACAGCAUGGCUGUGACACGACUACAGGGACUCACAAGUGACUGGGACGACGAGCAGUAGAAGCUGGUCUGUAGUCUUAUUACAUGCUUGGUGACAGAAUCAAGGACUUACUUGAGAUUUAAACACAGAUUUGGUGCUGCGACGGACCUUAUCCUGCUGAUCCUCACAACGGCAGGUGUUUGGUCCAAAGCUCCUCUCACAACUGUGUGACUGUGUGUGUGUGUGUGUCAUGUGAACAUCUACUCCGCCAGCUCUCUGCCUCACUCGCGGAUGAUAACACUUGAGACUUUUGCUUUAUACUCUGGCGUUGUUGCACAAGCCUUUGUCAUAGAGCGACAUUGAAAAAGUAUGUUGAAUAAAUCUACCUGUGAACAGAAAAUGCGUUGUUCAUU